AAAUCUCCCAUCAAAUCGAAACCCUAGCCGGUUACAUGGAUAGACGAUCGCGCUCCGGCGGAACGCUACCUUCUAUUCACAGCAUCGAUCCCGACUCUCGCCGAGGAUCCCACGACGGCGAAGUAUCCUACCCGCAACGGAAUGAAAACAAGAAGACAAUCAGGAAGCUCCGAUCGGAAAACCAGAAGCUGAAGCGACUUUCUUUUGCGAAUGGCGAGGAAUUGCGCCUGCUGAGCAAGCAAUUCCAGGAACAGCUUAUAGUAAUGCAGGCGAUGAAAAUGCACCUUGGUAAUAUGGCAUCGACGGUGAAGCACCAAAAGUCGAUCGAGGCGGAAACGGCUGCCAAAGUUGAUAACAGCAUGCAACUGCUCUCCUACCUGGAGACCCAUCAGGAGGACAUUGCGAAGUUCGCUGGAAUUAUCGUAGCUCCGUCCACGGUUGAUGAGCCCAUUGAGUUCAUCCCAUCAAGAACUUUGGAAGAACAGAACUUGUUUUACGCUGAGAAAGUUUUAGAAACGUACAAUCUUGAGAAUGAGGGUGCUGAUUUAGCGCUUGAUGAGGCAUUAGUCAGCUUUCCUUUUGAUUGCCGGGACAAGUUGAUCAUCCAUCUCAACUUCACAGCCAAAGAUCAGGCCGGAGCUAUCCACCGGAUUUUUGGCGAGGUCGUCAGUGAGGAUGAACCGGAGGAUCAGCCUGAAGUAUUAUCAUAUUGCAUCCUUUCUCCUGAUCAAAAUGGUGACUAUUCUAGCUUGACGAAGGGUUGUGCAGGAUGUGAUCCGGACUGUUUGGUGCCGAUCUAUCAUCCUGACAGAGAUUGCUUUAAGCUCGGGAACUUCGAUCGUAAUCUUUAUUGGGCUUGAUUGGUUUGAAGAUGCCCCCCGAACAAAACUUACGGCCUAAUGCUUAUCUUCUUUUGCUUCGAUGAAUGCUUUCUGCACUUAUGGCUAUCUAAUUUCUAUUUAUUCUAGUUCACGUGUAUCUAGUUACUUGAAAAUACAAGCCAUGUUAACCAUGUCACGUAUUCAGUUGAAAAUACCGUACAAUUACCAGUUAUUUAAGUAUGAU